AGGCCAGGAGCCGGUGUUUCCCUUGGUUCAGACUAGGCCAGGAGCCGGCGUUUCUCUUGGUUCAGACUAGGCCAGGAGCCGGUGUUUCUCUUGGUUUUCACCUCCAGGGAAAGGAGAAUAGUGAAUCUAGAGGACAUUUGGAGAGCAAAAGAAGAAUCAGACUAAUUGUUCACUAGACAUACAAGGUUCUCCAGCAUGAAGUAAUGAUUUACGAUCUCAGCCAUGAGUUGGGCCGUUACUCUCUGUGCCAAUAUAUGGAUUGUUGUGUAUGAACGGUUGAGACAGUUGUAAUAUAGAUCCGUUGAUCUCCUCGGCUUAUACCAGUAGCUGUCUGUUAAACCACAAGUUCCUGUUCACGUCUUCACCACUUCCUGCUUCUUCUGAGAUCCUCGAAUAUUUCCUUUUAAGGUAGUAAAACUGACUUUCCUCUCCAGCAGUCUAUAUAAUGAUUUGAGAGACGGAGAACGGAAGGAGACUACGGACACCGAUGUCUCUCUGGGGUUACUAUUCACAGAAUAAGAUCUUAUAAAACACAUAAAGAAGGUUUUCUGUAAGAUCUGACCUCGGUGUGAAUACUCAGGAGAGACGUGCCGAUCAUUACAGCCGUUGCCUGGAGGGGAAGGAGAGACGUGAGGGUUGGUGGAACCCGGACUGCAGAGUCCUGGAAGCCGGUGAUUGGAUGUAAUGUGUGGAUUGAUGAACUGAGUUUUUGGUCAGACUUGUCUUAAAAAAUAAGUCAGAUGAGAAACGAGCCAUAUGAGUGUCUUAAGUGACGGAAAGUUAUUCUUGCAAUUCAGUGGAGGAUUCACGCAAGAUUCAAGACAUAUCAGUGUUCUAAAUGUUGUAAGUGUUUUGGAUCCUCUUCAACAUUGAUCCAUGCUCAGAGGACAACAAGAGAGAAGUAAUUUCAGUGUUCUGGAAGUGAAAAUGACUUUACAAUAAAGUCCAACCCAUGUAUACAUAAGAGGAGUCAUUUCAGAAGAUAUUUCUCGUUUGGAAUGUAAUAAAGGUUUUACAAUGGAGGCAAAACGUAUCAUACACCAGAAGGUUCACACUGGAGAGAAGCCGUAUCAGUGUUCUGAAUGUGACAAAGCAUUUUCAACCAAGAACAAGCUUAUCAUACACGAGAGGAUUCACACUGGAGAGAAACCGUUUCGGUGUUCUGAAUGUGGCAAAACUUUUAAACAGAAGGGUGGCCUCCACACACACAAGAUGAUUCACACUGGAAAGAGGCCAUAUCAAUGUUCAGAAUGUGACAAAGCUUUUAUACAGGAAGCUAAUUUUAUUACACACAAGAUGACUCACACUGGAGAGAAGCCAUAUCAGUGUUCAGAAUGUGACAAAGCUUUUACAUCGAAGUCAAAUCUUAUCAGACACCAGAAGAUUCACACUGGAGAGAAGUCAUAUCAGUGUUCAGAAUGUGACAAAGCUUUUAUAACAAAGAAAGGGCUUAUCACACACCAGAGGGUUCACACUGGAGAGAAGCCUUAUCAGUGUUCAGAAUGUGACAAAGCUUUUAUAACAAAGAAAGAGCUUAUCACACACCAGAGGGUUCACACUGGAGAGAAGCCGUAUCAGUGUUCUGAAUGUAACAAAGCUUAUAAAACAAAGUCAAACCUUAUCAUUCACCAGAUGAUUCAUACGGGAAAGAAGCGGUAUGAGUGUUCUGAAUGUAAAAAAGCUUUCACAGAGAAGAGAGAACUUAUAAGUCACCAGAUGGUUCACACUGGAGAGAGGCCCUAUGAGUGUUCUGAAUGUGACAAAGCUUAUACAGACAAGAAAGGGCUUAACAGACAUCGGAAAAUUCACAUUGAAGAGAAGCCAUAUGAGUGUUCUGAAUGUGACAAAGCUUUUACACAGAAGUCAUGUCUCAUCAGACACCGGAGAAUUCACACUGGAGAGAAGCUGUAUCAGUGUCCUGAAUGUGAUAAAGCUUUUACAGAGAGGCACACCCUUUUCCGACACACAAGGGUCCACACCAGAGAGAAGCCAUAUAAAUGUUCUGAAUGUGGCAAAGCUUUUGCAUGUAAGUCAUAUCUUAUCACACACCAGAAGAUUCACACUGGAGAGAAGCUGUAUCAGUGUUCAGAAUGUGAUAAAGCUUUUAUAGUGAAGACAAGCCUUACCACACACCAGAGGGUUCACACUGGAGAGAAGCUGUAUCAGUGUUCAGAAUGUGAUAAAGCUUUUACAGUGAAGUCAAACCUUAUCAUACACCAGAGGAUUCACACUGGAGAGAAGCCAUUUCAAUGUUCUGAAUGUGACAAAGCUUUUACGAAUAAUGCCGGGCUAAUCAAACACCAGAGGAUUCACACGCUUCAGCUGCAGUAAAGAAACUCUGGAAGAAGGGGGAGGAGCUAAGCUGCAAUGAAAGACUUCAGGGUGUUUUAUUAAUUUCACAGCUCAUGUCAUCUCACAGAUACUCAAAGUAUAUUGCUAUUGUGAAAUAAUAAAUAAAAUAAGUGAGCAAACAAGAAUGUGAUGGAUGGACACUUUAGUAUUUAUGUCUAUCGGGUACAGCCUAGACUAUUCUACAUUUUGACAAUUUUUUUGGGCGGGCAACAAUGAACCUUAUUCCUUAUGAUUCUCAUCUGUACCUUUUUAUGUGGCUUUGUCUGAACAUGUAAUGCAUUUGUAUGAUUCGCUAACUGAGCUGUAUUCUCAAGUGUUUUCCUAAUUGCCUGAUCCUGAGCCAAUACAUGACCAACACUGCCUCAGUACAGGGAGACUGGGUAGCAGUCAAGCGACAUCUUGCCCAGACUCUGAAGCCUCAGUGGGAGAAUCCUUUCCAGGUUCUGCUGACAAUUGCUAUACCUGCCAAUCAUGAGGGCUCCAACUAAGCCCAUCUUAUACAUUUUAUUCCUCCCUUCUCAUGAUCAAGGCCUCCUGUCCAUCUUCCACCUCCUCUCAUGGAUGACAACUUUGCAGACAGGGACACUAACCAUGCCAAAGUCUCCAUUCCAUGAGAAAGCAACUUUAUCCCAGCUGGCUACUUGUGUUUUAUUCAGUUCUGAUGAAAGUCUAUAGGAUUCCAUCAGGUGAAGAUUGGAUCUCCUUAUUAUCUAGUUUUCCUGUCCAUCUAUUGGUCACCUCCAUAGACCAAUCAUACAGUACAGCUACAAGAAUUCUGAUCUCACAGAGAGUAUAUGGUCAUAUCCCUACAACUUCAUCUGGGGGACUGAAAUUUCCCUGAUUGGGGUUCUCUUUAAUGAGUGGAAAGAUCUUUUAUUUUUUGGUAGAAUUUUUUUUUGUGAAAACAUUUUUUUGACCCUAGAAGCAUUGUGUGAUGUUAAGUAUAACUAUGGGCAAAAACAAUGAUGACAUAAAUGGUGCAAUCUGUCAUUAACCAUUUUAUUCCCCGAGACUUUCUCCCCCUAAACCCACCGAGUCACAGAGCGUUUUCUUUUUUUCAAUGUCUCAGUUCUGCACAUUAUGGCCCGGAUUCACAAAGAGUUACGCCGGCGUAUC